AUGCUCACAGAGACCUUCCUGACACACGAGCCCAAGGAACUCAUAGUGCCCAAAUACAAAGGAUACUUUUCAGAAGCCAAGAAAACAGAAGGGAGGCCAAGUGGAGGAUUGGCAAUAUUCGUCGGACCACGGUUUGCACAAUCGAAAGUUAUGUUCAAAAGUGAUCAUAUAAUUGGUGUGGAGAUCGGUGAUACGACAUACGCAACAGCGUACUUCAGUCCGAACACGCCAGUCGCGGAAAUCAUCCUCGAGGUACAUGAACUCAUCAUGAAUCAAAGCACAACCUCAAUAGUAAUGUACGGAGAUUUCAACUGCAGGAUUGAUGGGAGAGAGCAGCGAGGUGUAGAUCUCAGCGAGGCCCUUGGCCACCUCAACCUCCGAUUGAUGAAUGAUCCCCAAGAAAUGACAUACAUCGCACAUAACGGUCGCAGCGCUAUAGACUUGAUAUUCGCGUCCGACAACAUUGCCCCAAAAGUGAAGAUGAUUACCCAAGCCACAGUGGAGAGAAAGCAUCAGAGGAUCACAGUAACGAUACAACAAUCGAAUUCCCUAAUCAAGACAGGGAGCAAGAGGCCCUCGGCUGCGAUAAGACGCAUAUCCUCCAUUGAACUGGAAAAAGCGCUGCCGAUGAUGAAAGAAACAGAGGACCGCUCACUAGAAGAUAUAUACAAGCAGCUACAUGAAAUCAUUAAAAAGUCAGCUCGAGAAAGAAUUCCGAGAACGAGGAAGAACAAAGUAUGGUACGACAAAGAGUGUCGGGAGCUGAAGUCACAAGCCAUCAGCAAAAUUGGAACAGAAGAGUAUCGACAACUCAGGAGGCGGUACAAAACCACCACGAAUGAGAAGAGAAUGAGAUACGAAGCGAGGAUCUUCGAAGACAAAGUGCAGAUGAGCAGGUGCAAGCCGUGGCUCAUGCUUCCGAAGAAGAAACCGACAGGAGUGCCAAGGAUUGAUCUGUGCUCCUUCGAGAAAUACUACGAAGACUUCUACGCCGCGACUGGGGAUACGGGGGAACCCAGCCUCGACGACGGACACCCGGAUCAAAGUGGAGAGUGGUAUAACGAGUACAUCACCAAUGAAGAGAUCACGGGAAGACUCAAGAGGAUGAAGAGAGGCAAGGCAGUUGGCCCGGACAGUGUAGCAGCCGAGAUCUUCAAAGACAACACAAUACUCGUGCCUAUCGUGUCCCGUAUGUUCAACAAGAUUCUCGACAGCGGCAGAAUACCGCAAGAAUGGAGAUCGGCACACGUAAAACCGCUUUACAAGGGUAAAGGGUCGCCGGAAGAUAUCAGCAGCUAUAGAUGCAUUAACCUGACGUCGCACUUGUACAAAACUUUCACAGGCGUGCUCGCAGACCGAGUGACCACACAGUGUCUACCGCAGAUCUCGGAGAAUCAGCACGGUUUCCUUCCUCACAGAUGA